AUGGCCUCGCCAAACUCUCUCUCUCUCUCUCCCUCUCUCUCUCUCUCUCCCUCUCUCUCUCUCUGUCUCAUUCACAGCUGCCACCAGAGUGUCUAUUUUCUUAAAUGUAAAACUUGCCCACGGGGUACAAGAAAGAGUUUGGUAGAGAACUUGCAGCACAAGCCGCUCCGUGUUUACAACCAAAAGCGGAAGAUUCGUGAAAAGAAGGGAACAAAUUUGAUUUUAUUUCUUCUUCUUCUUCUCCUCCUCCUUCUCCUCUUUCUUCUCCUCCACCUUUUUUCUACCUCCUCUUUCUUCCUCAUCGUUCCUCCUCCCCCUUGUUCUUACCCUUCUUUCUUCUUGUCCCUCUUCUUCCUCCUUCGUAUUGCUCUUCUUCCUCCUAGUUCUUACUUCUUCUUCUUCUUCUUCUUCUUCUUCUUCUUCUUCUUCUUCUCCUCCUUUCUCUUCCUCCUCUUUCUUCUUCUUGUUCCUCCUCUCUCCUCCUCCUCCUCCUCCUCCUCCUCGUUGUUUUCCUCCUUCUUGUUCCUUUUCUCCUUCUUCUACUUGCUCUUCCUACUCUUUCUUAUUCUUGUUCGUCUUCCCCAUCCUACUACUUCCUCCUCUUCCUUCUUCUUCUUCUUCUUCUUCUUCUUCUUCUUCCAUUUCUCGUCUUUCUUAUUAUUAUUCCUCUUCUUUCUUCUUCCAUCUUUCACUUUGCUUUCUCACUCCCAAAUCGUUCGGUUGCAUUCUCUCUCUCUCUCUCUCUCUCUCUCUCUCUCUCUCUCUCUCCCCUUUCUUUUUCCCUCCUUUUCCAGAACUUCUGCUAAUUCUGAGUACAUCUCAAUCAAUUAA